UUGUAUAUUAAACACAAAAUGGCCGAUGUAUCAGUCAGUUGUCAAAAGUUCAUGAAAGUUUGUAUUUUAAGAGGCUCGUAAUUAAUCAAUACUCUGCAUGUAAUAAUCCUAAUACCUCACGAAAAACAUAGUAUCUAAGAGUAAUGUUAUUGCAUAAAUGAAUAAAUAAGUUAUACUACAUAUAAAAAUGAUUGUGCAAGAACCAGUCCAGGCUGCUAUAUGGCAUUGUUUGAAUCAUUAUGACUUUAGUGAUGCCAUUUUCCUCUCUGAAAGAUUGUAUGCUGAAGUUAAAACUGAUGAUAGUUUAUUUCUCCUUGCAACCACAUACUACAGGAGUGGGCAAAUUGACCAUGCCUACUAUAUUUUAAAAGAUAAAUCUACAAUGUCUUCACAAUGUCGUUAUCUUCUAAGCAGCUGUGCCUUUGAAAUGCAGAAAUAUGCAGAAGCAGAGAUGGCACUGACAGACACCUUGGUUAUAAAGAGCACCAAUUUUGAGGAAAUUAUAGAGGAGUAUGAGGAUCAAGCAUCUUUUGCACUGCUACUGCUUGCGAAGAUAUCAGCGAAAACUGGUCGACGGCAGCAGGCUAUAGAUGCUUACAAACGUGCACUGAAGAUAAAUCCUUUCUUGUGGAGCUGCUUUGAGAGUAUGUGCAACAUGGGCGAGAAGCCAAAUGCGAGCACGUAUUUUCAAUUGAGCGAACUGGAAAACCUGAACCAAUGCCAUGGUAAAAAUUUAAGUAACAUUGAGAGCGUGGUGCUGACCUGCAACCAAACUAAUACCCCAAUUCAGGAGAAUCAAGCGUACAUCACAACACCUCAGCAGAUAUUCAGCAACACGUAUGCACCCGUCAACAAUAUCAAUCCCACGAAAAUUUGCACACCAGAGGAUAGUCCCUUAGCUAACCCAUUAUGUCUCUCAGGAUUUAGUAUGCUGCCUUCGAGCCGCAUCAAACUACCACGCUUUAAGAUGAUAGACUCAUUAAAUACAACUAGUCCGGCAACGACUCCUUCGUUUGGGCAUAUAGUGGAUGACUUUAUGAGUACACCAAAUAUACAUUCACAGCCAAACUUUGUGGAGGUGACCGAGCAAAAGUCAUUUACGAAGAAGAUGCGAUCUCACGUUGGUAAUUUGCUGGUUAGGAAGGAGGCGAUUCUUCAAAACAGUAAACCUGUAUUUAGUCAAACAGGUAAUGUGAACAAUACGAUACCGAUGACGCCGAGUACACCUGCCACGGUAUCGUCAGGGCCGAACGUGCGGCGGAGUUCCAGGCUGUUCAGCAACAGUUACUCGGUGAAGGAAAACAACAAAUCGCCAAACAGGAAUAAGUUCGCAACGCCGAAAUCGCCGUCGCGCAAAACGAAGCAGCGUUUGGCCAAGUGUAGUCUGAACGACUUCAACAGUUACAUGGAUUUAAAUACCAAAAACCGAUUGAAGAAAGAGAAAUCAGAGACGGUCACAUCGGCCGAGUUAAAAACCAAUAGUGCAAUAACAAAUCUAAGUGCCAAUAGUAAUAGUAAUGCGACGCAGUUACAGAAACAGAGUGCGGAAGGUUUGAUGUGUCUGCUGAGGGACAUGGGACAGGCGUAUCUUCACAUGUCUCAGUACAACUGCAAGUUGGCUAUCGAGGAAUUGAAUCAGUUGCCGCCUCAUCAGUUCCAAACAACUUGGGUGUACAGCAUGCUGGGUUUGGCGUACUUCGAAAUGACUGAUUACGAGAACGCGGUUAAACAUUUUUCGGAGAUUCGAAGUCGUGAACCUUACAGAAUUAAGCACAUGGAUAUAUACUCGACGUCGCUCUGGCAUCUGCAGAAAGAGGUUACGCUCUCCGCUUUGGCGCAGGAUCUCCUGCAGCUGAACAAGAACUCUGCAGUUACAUGGAUCGUAAGCGGUAACUGCUUCUCGUUGCAUAAGGAGCACGACACGGCUAUCAAAUUUCUGCAUAGAGCGGUGCAAGUGGACCCUACGUUACCCUAUGCAUACACCCUGUUGGGCCACGAGUACAUAACUACUGAAGAGCUGGAUAAAGCGAUGAGCUGCUACAGAAACGCCAUUCGUCUGGAUCCGCGUCACUACAACGCCUGGUUCGGUAUAGGCACGAUCUACUCGAAACAAGAACGUUAUCAUUUAGCUGAAAUCAAUUACAAUAAGGCGCUCUCGAUUAAUCCACACAGUUCGGUAAUUCUGUGCCACAUCGGUGUGGUGCAGCACUCGCUGAAGAAGAUUGAGAAAGCUCUCAGCACGUUAAAUUCGGCUAUCGCGAAGGAAUCGAAAAAUCCGUUGUGCAAGUUCCACAGGGCGUCGAUCUACUUUGCAAUCGGCGGUCACACGGAAGCCCUCAAAGAGUUAGAAGAAUUAAAAGACAUCGUUCCCAAAGAAUCCCUAGUGUAUUAUUUAACAGGAAAGGUCCAUAAGAAAUUAGGCAAUACGGAUCUGGCGCUCAUGCACUUCAGCUGGGCCACGGACCUGGAUCCUAAAGGCGCGAGCGGUCAAAUCAAGGAGGCGUUCGAUCCGUCGAUCGGAAGAACGGCGGCGGAUACAGACUCCCCAGCCUCUCCGCCCGUAGAGGAGUAUCCCUCAGAGGGCAACUCCGUGCAUCACGACAAUACCGCCUUCAGCGCACUACAAGAAGACAGUGAUGACAGUCUUUAAUCGCAGCAUGUAUAGUGAUGACAGUCUUUAGUCACAGUGUAUUUAUGAUCAUUGUGCGUGUUCCCGGUGUACAUGUUGAUGAAGAUCGUGAUCCCAUUGUCCUCCUUCUCCACCACUCUCCCAGCUAUUCUCACCAACCCAUGUGUUACAGUUGUUAGAGCCUUUUAUAAUUUUUAUUAUAUAUUUUUUAUUUCCA